GUACAUAUCGUGUCAUGGAAUUUUAUAUGAUGAGAAAUAUCGGUGAAUAUUCUUUUUUUUCUUAUUUUUAUCAAUGUUUUAAGUUUAACAAAAUUCUAAACAUAAAAAGAAAAUGAAAUUAUCAUAUUUUUUUUAUUUAUUAUUUAGUCGUUGAUGAACAAAUAUAUUAUUAUCGAUUGUCUGGAAGGUUUGAAAAUGCUGCCAAGUAAUUCAAUUCAAUGUAUUGUUACAUCUCCACCAUAUAAUAAACUUGGUCUACGUAAUGGUCGUGCAUAUGCACUUCAAAUUGUGUAUGACACAUAUGACGACAACAUGAAUGAAAAUGAAUAUCAAAAAUGGCAAUGUGAUCUAUUAAAUGAAAUUAAUCGUGUAUUAACUCCUAAUGGUUCAUUAUUUUACAAUCAUAAAGAUCGUAGAUAUUGUAAACGUGAUUAUCCACCUGAGCAAUUUAUUUUGAAAAGUAAAUUAAAACUUUAUCAAACAAUUAUCUGGGAUCGUGGUUCAACACCUAAUCAAAAUAAUAAUUAUUUUCGUCCUAAUGUUGAAAAAAUUUUUUGGCUUACUAAAUCUUCAGCUGAUCCAUCAUAUACACCAAAAUUUUAUCGUAAUCGUCUUCCUGAAUGCUUUAAAAAUUCAAUAUGGCGUAUUCCACCUGAACGUAGAAAUAAACAUCCUGCACCAUUUCCACAACUUCUUGCUGAAAUAUGUAUUUUAGCAACAACUGAUGAAGGUGAUGCUGUAUUAGAUAUUUUUGCUGGUUCUGGAACAACUCUUGUUGCUGCAGCUAAUUUAAAUAGACAAUAUAUUGGUUUUGAUAUUAGUAAAAAAUACCAAAAAAUGUUUCGUGAUCGAUCAGCCGGUGCCAAUAAUAAUAUCAAUUUGUGGGAAGAAAUGUACACUGUUGAAGAAAUAUUAGAUCGUCGAAUAAAAAAUGGUCAUGUUGAAUAUUUACUUAAGUGGAAAGGAUAUGAUAAAAGUCAAAGUACAUGGGAACAAAAAAAUAAUCUUAAUUGUCCAGAAUUACUUGAACGAUUUGAAACAUCAUUUAAACAAAAAAAAAGAAAAAAAUCAAUCGAAUUGAACGACAAUGACUCUACUUCAACACCUACACCUAGUAUACAUAUAUGUGAAUCAGGCAUGCCAUGUUUUUCGUCGAUCGAUCAAACGCCGACAAAACGACGUCGUCAAGAAGUAACCAUUAUAUUAGAUAGAACAAUUGUAUCUGACUUAUUAAACGACAAUGAUGCUAUUGGUUGUGUUGGUUCCAGUCGUCAUCAUCAACGAUCUAAUCAUCAUUAA